CUUCUUCUUCUUUUUCUUCUUCUUCUACUUCUUCGUCUUCUUCUUCUACUUCUUCCUCUUCUUCACUCCCAUAAAAAGGUAGCUAAAGUGACAGCAGCGCCACUAUGUUUUUUUUCCACGGGUAAUUGGAGUCACAGAGUUUGUUAAUGAGAAGAAGUAAACUUUGGAAAAAGGACAUUUAGGAAAUGAUUAUAGUUUUAAAGACGCUUCCAGGAAACCAUUCACUUCCAGCUGGAGCAGAAGUGGCCUCUGCUGUUAGCUGAGUUUGUGACCUUUCUUCUCCAGGUAGCUGACAUGUGGACCAAGAUGGCAGCCACAGAAAAGAAGCCAAAUCAUCCUGGAUAUGAAUGCUGCCAUCCUGAGGAUUUCAGAGCCGGGUAAUUGAGCAGCGGUGGCGAGUUUGUGCCAAUGCACGUGCUCGAACAAUUAUACUGGACCCAUCUCUGCAGCAGCUCUCGACAAGAUGACCUGCCUCAAAGUUUACCUGCGGAAGACCACUGCCAACUCCCCGCAGACAUCGUCCUUCCUCCUCAGUACCCACGGUCAGCUGAAGCUGUCAAUCGUCCAGGAACAGGAAGUCCUUGUUGUUAGUGUUCUGGAGGCAAGGGGCAUGCUGGAAGAGUGCCAGGGGGCAUGUGACUCUUAUGUUAAGGUUGGCAUGUCCCCAGACAGUGAUCCUACAGACAGACAGAAGACUCAGAUGGUCCCUCACUGUAGGAACCCCAUCUUCCUACAAACCUUUUACUUUGUUGUCAGUGAGGGGGACCUUCAUAAGAGACUGCUCUUCACAAUGUGGAACUCUGACUCCACAACGAGGAUGAGUGCACUGCUGGGUUGCUUGAGCUUCGGUGUCCGUUCCCUCAUGGACAGAGACGAGGAAGUUCAAGGAUGGUACUACCUACUGAGGGAAGAGCUGGGGAGGAAGAAGCAUCUUAAAGUGCCCACACAACACAACGACCACACCACCGACGCUGUGCUGUCAAACCAUGGUGCUGCCCCCGAGACCAAUCGCCCUGAGAAUAUGCAAUGCUUAACAGUGACCAUCCUUCGAGGAAAGGAUGGAUAUGGCUUCACCAUCUGCUCUGAUUCCCCUGUGAGGGUACAGGCUGUUGAUCCAGGGGGUCCAGCAGAUCAGGCAGGUCUGCAACAGUUGGACACUCUCCUGCAGCUAAAUGGGCAGCCAGUGGAGCAGUGGAAGUGUGUGGACUUAGCCCACGCGAUCAGAAACAGCACCAAUGAAAUCAAGGUGGUGGUGUGGCGCACCGGCCCCUCAGCUAAACCUAAUUUUGAGGGCCUCAUCCACCGGCCCUCGUACAAGCCCUCCACCUCAAACUAUGACACCCCCUCGCCCCCUACCCGCAGGCGUGCGCCGGAUCUUGGCACCAGCAAAACCCCGCCUGCAGUGCCGCCUCUCCCCGCUCACCACCGUGCCACUGCCGCCCGCAGGCUGCUGGUCAAUGGCUCUGAACCUGGAAACAGCAGCGGCUUAGGCAUGGGGACCCUCGCGUGGGGGGCCCAGGGGGGGUCUGCUGAGGAGCUGGACGGGAAGCCGCGACAUCUCCACCACCCGCACACUGCCACACUGAAGGGUACCAGGGUCAAGGCCUCCAACGGGGACAACUACAUCAUCCUGGCGCCCAUCAACCCUGGAAGCCAGAUCUUAAGGCCUGUUUACCAAGACAACCAGGGAACAUUAGCAGCCAGGUUAUACCCAACACGUCAGGCCUCUGGUCCACAACCCCAAACCCAGACUGGUGGUGGACGCUCUGCUUAUUCUGGCGGUAUGAGCGGAGGAGGAGGCGGCGGCAGCAGCAGCAGUGGUGGUGGAUUCUCAAGCCGCACUGGCUUCCUAAGACGGUCUAACAACUCCAAGACGACAAAGACGUCCUCUACCUCCACGAAUGCAGGUGGAUCCAACUACCAGCAGCAGAACGCCAACUUUGCAAACUACCAGAACUGCACAAUUGUCCGCUCGCAUACUCCACAUGGCAAUUAUGGAUACGUGAAGGUGGCACCCAAGAUCCUUAUCUUCCCCAUUUUUGUUCAGCAGAAAGAAAAAAGACUCCCUCUUAGCUGUUUAGGAGAGCAUUUGGAUUUUGGAGCUGAAAUGGAUUUGCCUCUUGACCUGUGCAGCCGAACGCUCAUCAUAUCUGAGGAGAUGAUACUACAUGAGAGCAAGCACCACUCUCUUAAGGUAACAGUGUUCGUAUACAAUGACCUGAUGCUGGUGACAAGAGAAGAUGAACCAGGCAGAUGUAACGUGCUUCAGAGCCCCCUGUACCUCAGACAGCUGCGGCUCCAGGACGAUUAUGCUGAAGAGCUGAGGUUCUACCUUAUUCACAUGACCGAGAAGUGUGACUGCCUGCUGAGCCUGGAAGCCUUUUCAGCAGACCAGAAGCGCCGUGUGUGUCAGUGCCUGAAGGACAACAUUGACAAGCAGCUCCAGCUUCACAGGAGGGAGCCUUCUAUUCCGCAUCACUUUGAACAGAUGUUGGAGCCUAAGGUGGAUGACCCUUCAUGUGAACUGGGCGGAGUAGGAGGAGAUAGAGGAGGUGUGUGCCUCCACCUGCCCACCCGCAGCUCAGAGGGCGAUGAGAGCAGUCUCUAUCCUUCGAGCCCCUCGGAGCCUCGGACCCUGGGAAGCCCUCACCCCUCCGAGUCACUUACCCCUUUGGAUGAGAUCUACAUGCCCCUUGGUGGUCUGAUGGGAUCCGAGGAGCGACAUAAGGUGCCUCCCACACCACCUCCUUCCACCGAGGGUGAGGAUUGCAAGAGCAUUGAGGGAAAUGAGAUGGAGAUCUGGAGACAGAUGAAGAAUGGGGCGCACAUGGAAGAGGAGGAAGAGGAGGAAGAUGGGGCCAGCAGAAGAAGUGUUGUAAGUGAGGGGGAAGAGAAGCCCUAUUAUAGAGGGGAGGAGGAGGGAGAGAUGAAUGAAGAGGAGGUCAACCUGAACCUGGUAGUGUCAAACACAGAUGAGGACAACGCCUCGGAGCCACCCGACACCAACGCUCCUCCCUCCUCCUCCUCAUCUUCAUUUGUCAUCCCUGAGCUGCGACUUGAUCGCUCCUUCAGCGCCGAUGCCCUCUCCUCACCCAACACCGAUGAAGAAGAGUACGACGAAGAUGAGGAUGACGACGACGAGUCUGAUGAUGAGGAUGACGAAGAGGACAGCGACGAUGCCUACCUGCAGAGGAGCGACAGCAAGCGGCGCAGCAUGGUGGAGGCUGCCACCUGUGAGAAACACGGUGGAGGGGGGCUCAGCGUGCAGAAUUCCCUCCGCAGGCGCACCCACAGUGAGGGGAGCCUCCUGCAAGAUCCCCGAGCGCCUUGUUUCACCUCCGACAACGCCAUCAACUGCCUAGAGGCCGGGGGAGCGCACCACAAGGGCGGCUGGACGCUGCCAUCGCCCAAAACCCUGAAGAAAGAGCUGACCAAGAAUGGAGGCUCAAUGCAUCAGCUGUGUAUGCUGUUCUCUGGGAGGAAGCUCAGCUCCGGAUCCCCCUGUAGCUGCGAGGUCGGCCCUGAAGGGACAAAGAAGAAGAAGUCCAAGAACCUGGCCAAAGACAUGAAGAAUCGACUGGCUUUCCUGCGGAGGAGGAAUGAAUCCCCAGGAAGCAAUCCAGCCAGCAAGUUAGACAAGUCUAUGAAGUCAGUCAAGCCCACCCCAGAGGAGGCACUGAAAUGGGGGGACUCGCUCGACAAGCUGCUGGCACACAAAUAUGGUCUGGCGGCGUUCCGAGCUUUCCUGCGCACCGAGUUCAGCGAGGAGAAUCUGGAAUUCUGGCUGGCCUGCGAGGAGUACAAGAAGAUCAAGUCGCAGUCCAAGAUGGCCUCGAAAGCCAAGAAGAUCUUUGCAGAAUACAUCGCCAUCCAGUCAUGUAAAGAGGUAAAUCUGGAUUCGUACACCAGAGAUCACACCAAGGACAACCUGCAGAAUGUGACACGCUCCUGCUUUGACCUCGCGCAGAGGCGGAUAUACGGGCUGAUGGAGAAGGACUCAUAUCCCCGCUUCCUCCGCUCAGAACUCUACUUGGACUUAAUCAACCAAAAAAAGCCCAGCUCCACUUCGACUUCGUCUUCGUCAUAAGAGACCAGGAAAAGAUGAGAAAGCGAGAAGAUGAUGAGAGAAAAGCGGGGCAGACUUGAAAAACACACAUCAGGGCGGGUGGGAUGUGAGGUUCUUUGUUUGCCUUUUUUUAUUUGUAUAUCUCUGUGUGUGUCAUCCUGUCCACUAUUUUAUUUGAAUUUUUUUGUGGUGUGACAUGACGCGGCAAAGCUCUAUGGCACUGCAAAGGAAUGUAGUUUACAGAGUUACCAGGUGGAUGCAUGAAUGGAUGGACUGAUGAAUGGAUGUUAACCUGAAAAAAUAUAUAUAGAAGCCCACAUACGAGGGCUGGAGCGAGAGCUGGACGCUCGUCUGAUCACUGUUGCGUUUUGUCAGUGUCUUGUGAGAGAAUAAUGACAUUUGUUUGUGUUGUACUGGAGAAAAGGAGGGGUUGCUCCAAAAAAAAAAGAGACCCUGCAGACAUAAAGACAGUCGGGUACUGUUUUGUCACUUUUUUUCCUUUCAUUUUCUUUUUAAAAUCCCCCCGUUCCUCCUCCAUGUCCUAUGUGAAGCCACUUCUAAAGCUGUUGGUACGACGCAACAUCCUUUUUCUGCACGUUUUCAUUUCCAUCGGGGUUGCAAAUCUGUGACGGAGAGAAAAAACAAACGACAAGAUGAUGUCUGAAUGAAAACUAGUCAUCUCUGUUAAACCCCACGAUCUCUCAAAGCUUCUGUAAACCGCUUUCACUUCAUCCAGAAAGACUGUGGAGAGUUACUGUGAGCGCUCAGCAGAGACAGAGACGGGGGCAAAGAACACGACGUGUAUAAAUAACGGAAGGUGUGGGUGUGAAGAAACACAGACGUGUGUCACUCUCACAUUUUCAAAAUCACACUCAAAGCCAGAGAUGGAAAAUAAAAUAAAAGAUGACGACUUGCUUCCUGUCUCCAAAGACUGUUUACAACAAGGAACGACGACUCAAGAAGAAAAAGGAACAACGUUCGGUGCAGCCAAGCAACAUUUCCUUUAACAUUGUAGCUCAUUGUGGACUUAUCAAGGAAGCGUUCUCAGGACAUUGCCACGACAGGUUCCGGCUCUUGUUUUUCUACACACACUCGCUGUUAUAUAUAUUUUUUUUUAUGUUUUAAGAUUUCCGACCUGCACUCCCUACUCUUCUACUGAGCAACGCACGAGAGGCUGCUCGUGUCAUAGUGCGAGGAUAAAAACAAAAAACUGCUUCAUGUUGUACAAAGGUUUGCCUAUUUAUUUAGAUUAACAGGCUGGAUGCUUCAACACACACCCUCACCUCCUCAAAGCACUCGGCUGAAAGCUCUCACUCUCCUCUUAACCACAAACAGGUCCAAUGCUGACCUGAACUUUUAAGUGCAAUAUUGUUUUUUAAUUUUAAUUUUAUUAUUGUUUUUGGUUUCUUUGUUUAUUUGGAUGAUUUAGAUUUUUUUUAACGGGGAAGACGAACGGCUUGAGCUCUGUAUUAACUUUAUUUGUUAAGAGAAGAAAAAAAAACUUUAGAGCUAUAAGGUUGACUUACAACGUAAACUUUCAAGAACCAUUAAGUAGUUUAAAGAAUUUUAAGCAAGUGAUUCUAAUUAUGUGUCGACCCCCCGGCAGCAGGCAGCCGGGGGACGUUAUGGUUGUAAAUAUAAUUCUUUAAGAAAACUAUGUGAUAACACAUUAAAAACAAACAAAAAACAAGAAACGGAUCGGUCUCUGCUGGUGAUGAACGUGGGACCCAGCUGUAUCUAUGUACAUAUGAGAGACUCAAAACUAUAAGAUGACGUGUAUUGUUCAAAAAUGAUAAAAAAUACAACAAUAGGUGAGCGAGAGCAGGUCCAGUCUGCUCCUGUCCCUGGUCAUACACUGCUUGUAAGGAGUUUUAUGAAAUGCAUUUUUAUCAUUUUCACUGUUUACAAUUCAAAAUGCAUCUCCCAUGAUAACAAGUGAAAAACAGUAGAGUACAUUUGGUGUCAUUGCUAAUGAUAAAUAAACCAACCAACUGAUGAAGUAAA